UGCGUACUUGUCAUAUGUUCUUGGAAGGGAAUAAACUGAAUGUUUGAUUGAGGUUAACGUUUCUUUCAAAGUCUGUGCCGUGCAAAAGAUCCAUUUUCUAGUAAAAUAAUCAGACUAUUAUGGCGUCUAAAGUUACUUUUAAAAUAACUCUUACUUCUGACCCGAAACUUCCAUUCAAAGUACUUUGUGUGCCAGAUAACACACCUUUCACUGCUGUAUUGAAAUUUGCUGCUGAAGAAUUUAAAGUAUCUCCAGCAACAUCUGCCAUAAUCACAGAUGAUGGAAUAGGUAUUAAUCCACAACAAACAGCAGGGAACGUUUUCCUUAAACAUGGAUCUGAACUCAGAUUAAUUCCUAGAGAUAGAGUUGGAAGCGCUAGAUGAUUUACACAAGAAUAUAUUGCUUUUUAAAAUUAUCAUUUAUAAAUCAUGUUUAUUAUACUUUUCAUUAGUGUUUUUCAUAAGUGUAAAAAGAAAGAGCUACUAUCUGAUAUAAAAUUUGUUAUUUAUAUAAAUUUAAAUAAAAACAUUCCUAAAGUUUCAUAAAUAAUAGUAUUCAAUUGAAUUGUUUUUAUUUUCUUUUUUUAUGUAAUAUGAGGAUAAAGUUGUAAAAACACAUUAAAUACACAUUUUUGAUAAAAAGAUUUUAUAAGUGAAAUACAUGUAAGAGGUAUAAGGUCGAUACAAAGGUAUGUCACUACAUGAUAGAAUUACCUAGCGAUCAGUCAUAGCGCAAUAUUGAAUACUAAGAAACUUCUUGUUGCAAUUGAAAUAAUUUUUUUGAGACAAUAUCUUCAAAUCGCGGCUUACGAAAGAUCGCAUUAAUUAUUGAGAGUGAUUAUAAAUCUACUGUUUAAUGCAGGGAAAAUUCACAGUAUAAAAGAGUUGCACAGUGGGAUAGCAUUCUUGAGAAGCAUUAUAGAGUAAGAAACAAUUUUUAUCUGUUUUGUAAUUAUUUUUUCCAUUUACCUUCUAUUAUAAUCUAUAAUUUCGCUUCAAGGUGUAAUGGAAAAAAAUUUUAAAACAAGUCAAAAAGAUUUGUUAUGCAAUUUGUAACUUUUUCAGAUACAUUUUUAAACGAUACUAUGUGUGUGUGUGUGUGUGUGUGUGUAUGGUUUUUGAUCUGUUUAUAUCUGUAAUAUAAACCUAAAUAGAAGCUAAAAAAUAGAAUAGCAUGAAAAAAUAAGGCUAAUAAAAUAUGCAACAAUGACGUUUCUCAGUUCUAGAAUAUCUGACGGAUAAUUAUUUAGACAUACAAAUGUGAAUUACGACGUGGACGAUGCAAAUGGCAAUUUUUCAUAGCGAAGUAUUAUUUUGUUCCUCUUUGUUCUACAUUUUUUUCUUUUUACUCUUGAUGUUUAUAAAAGUUCCUAUCUUUGAUAGAAAUGGUACAAAAAGAUGCGUGAGAAAUCUAGAGAAAAAUAUAUGCAACUUUCUUAAAUGCUUUAUAACGUUCAAUUCAUCGUGUUUUAAUUUAACUUAAUUCAUAAACUUUCUCUUUUUUCAUUUGUUGCAUGAAACUUUUGGCACCUUUUUAAUUUUUUGUAGUUGAUGAUUCUGUGCCUCUUUUUUUAUGAUAAAAUAGAUUGGAAUGUUAUUGAGCAAACUGAGCAGUAAUCGUAUUUCUCAUCGGAAAACAAAUAGUAUGAUUUGUCAUACUUUCAUUAUCGUAUUUCUGGCGAUUACAAGCUAGAGUUUGUCGAAACGGUGUAGCACCAUCACUUCAAUUUCUUUUACACGUUUUCUAUUAACUUACUGACAUUGAAAUAUAAAAGUAUAAAAUGUGCGUGGUUCUCGCAUAGAAGCGUAAAUUCCAUGUUCGAUUGUAGGCAUAUUUAAAAAUCGAUAUACUAAACUAGAGGGUUCCUUGUUUAUACAAAAUUGUUUUUCAAUCACACAAAUAGGAACACCAUUACGUUCUUAGUUACAAGAGAAACUAUGGUUAUUUGUAUUAAAAAACUCUAUCUAAAUGGAAUAGAAUAUGUUCGUAUAAAAUUGUAAACGAAUGCACUUUACAGGAAUGAUAAAUCAUUCUAUCGUUCUUAAUUUUUAUAUUAGACUAUUAGAAAGUACAAAUUCAGUGUAUAUCGUAUAGACAAAAUAGGCAUUUUUACGCUAUUUGUAAUCUAAAGAGAUUUUCACUUUCUGACUAUCAAUAAAUAUGGAAUUCACGCUUCAAUAUUCUAAUCAUAGAUACACAAUGAAUUGAAAGAACGAUUUCGAGUUAUGAUACAUUUUGGUGGAUUUUCGAGCCUUUUGUGUUUACAAAUACUUUGGCGCAAUUGAAAGAGUAUAAAAAGUGGUUUAUUUAUUACGUUCGACAUGGCCAUUGAAUUAUUGCUUAAGAUUCAGGAAAACACUGAACAUACAAUCAGUUACCGUGUGUAUAUACUUCGCCGUAUAACAUAAUUGUCGAUUUGUAACUUAGUAUGUGUAACUUUCUAUUAUUUAUCUCACGUAAUAUGUGCGUGUGUCUAUUAGAAUGCAUUGUAAAAAUUUCUAUUCUUGAUUCAUGAAAAUGGUAUCAUUCGCUAGUAUCACACGUAUGAUAAUUACAUUACAGUAAUGUAUACACUGAGACUAUCAUUGAUAAUGUUAAAUAAAGAAACAUACGGCACUAAUAGGUCUAUAUUAUAUAAAUCAUAUAUCAAUUUCAAGAAUUAUUUUAUGGAUCAUUAUACACUAGAGUAUUUAGCAAUAGAAAUGAGCAUUGCUUAUUGAGCAAUAAUAAUUUAUAAAUUAUUUAAAAAAGCGUUACACAUUAUUUCAAAGAAUAUUUUAACCAAGUUUGGUUUUCUGUUUAAAAUGAUAUUUAGUCGAGCAAUGCCCAUUUCUAAUUAGCACGCUAAAAACUCUUCUAUAUCUUUAAUUUAUAAGUGACAUAUUAAAGCAUUCUCAAAUCUUAUAGAUAAUAGAACAAAAUUAUUCAGUAGAUUCGUUUUCACUCAGAGCUAGAAACAUAUUUUGGAAUAGUACCAGUGAUCUCGAAGUCACAAACACGUAAUCGAAACUAUUGUCAAAUUUUGAUAAAUUCUGGUGAAUAUUCGUAAAUCUAAAUCUCUAGUACUGCUCUUACUGAUAAUUAUUCUAUGUAGUUAUCCUUAAUAUCAAAUGAAUCAAGUGACAAUUAAUAGAAAUUUAUAACAAGGACUGCAAUUGCAUAUUUUUUUUUUACAAGGACUUCUUUACUGAACUAUAUAGAAUAGAGAAUUUUAACACGAAGUGAAAAUAUUUUAAUGUUCAGUCCUUAGUUUCUUCUAAAUUAAAUUUGCACAAUAAUCUAGGUAAUUAUACCUAUAAUGUUAAAAUAUUACCACAAUUGAAGAAAAUAGCACGUAUUAGUAGCCUUUCCGAAUAAAAUUUUUGUUGGAAGUAUCGUUUGUUCAGUCAUAAAUAUCUCUCAAUAUGCACGAUGUUAAUGUUGAAAUACUUCCAUUUAUGUUGUGAUUUUUAACUUACAAAUAAAUUAUGUUCCGAACAGCUA